UUAAAGGAGUUCUAAUUAAUUUACUAUACUGUAGUUUACGGUAUUAGGGAACUGAGGACACUUCUAUCAUUUCAAUUACAGGGAUUUUAAGCAGCUAAGGCAUUUAUUUCUAUUUUCAGUGAUCACAGCAAGAAAAGGUACUGGCGAUGUUUCCUGAUUCCGGCUCUGGGUAUGGCUAUGAAGAAUGCAAGGCUAUCGCCAGUUGGCUUCUGGAACGGGUGCCAAAGCGUCCAUUAGUGGGCAUUGUGUGUGGCUCAGGCCUGGGAGGUCUGGCUGAUGGACUCAAGGAUCAAGUGACCUUCAGUUACAGUGAUAUCCCCAACUUUCCCCAAAGCACAGUGCAUGGUCAUGCUGGCAAGUUGGUGUUUGGAAUUCUGAAAGGCAAACCAUGUGUUUGUAUGCAAGGAAGGUUCCAUUUAUAUGAAGGAUACCCUGUCCAAAAAAUUACUCAGCCUAUGAGGAUCUUCAAGUUGCUGGGUGUUGAGACUGUCAUCCUGACCAAUGCUGCAGGGGGGCUUAAUCAGGAUUUCAAAGUUGGCGAUGUUAUGAUCAUCAAAGACCAUAUUAAUAUGCCAGGCUUUGCUGGAAUCAACCCUCUUACUGGGCCCAAUGAUGACAGGUUUGGGGUUCGCUUCCCUUGCAUGUCAGAUGCGUAUGACCGGGAGCUGCAGCACAUGGCACAUGAAGUGGCCUCAGAGCUUGGUUAUACUGACUUUGUGCGAGAGGGUGUGUACUGUGUGUUGGGUGGUCCAUCAUUUGAGACCAUUGCUGAGUGCCGCAUGCUUCAUCGGUUAGGCGCAGAUGCAGUGGGUAUGAGCACUGUUCAUGAGGUGAUUGUCGCACGUCACUGCGGAAUGCGGGUCUUUGCUCUGUCUCUGAUUACCAACAAGGCUGUGAUGGAUUAUGACAGUCAGGAGAAGGCCAACCACGAGGAAGUCCUCCAGACAGGGAAGGAGAGGUCAAAGCAGUUGGAGAAGCUGGUGUGCACGCUCAUUACCCGCAUGGAACACGACAACAACUAUGCACACUGAAUGAAAUAAGAGUUACGCUUUUUUUUCCCCUCUACAAUUCCACGUAGAAGGUUAUGUCAAUAUAUUCAGAC